AAAAAUACUUAUUUAUUUCCCGCAAUUUUAAAUAUACUUUGAAUUUAACUUUAAAAACUGAGAAAGUCUUUUUUGCACUUUUACUACAAAGUACAAUAUUAAAUAUAUAGAUUGAGCCUUUAUCUUAAAUUUUGACAUAAGUAGAUUUAUUUAAUUUUCUGCCUGAAAUAAAAGGCUCUGUACAUUUACCAAGAACGGAAACAAAAUAUAUUUUUAUAUUGUUAUAAAAUCAUUUUACUAAAAAAUUAUAUUAUGACUGACUGGCCGUUGAGUCGUACUAUUUUAUUUUUCAAUAUAGACAGAGGCGUUACUCGUAGCGGCUUUUCUCGAAAUUAAUUUUUAUGUAUGUAAGCUAAAAGAUUAAAUGAUAAAUCAGUAGAUUGUGAAAAGUGUCGAGAAAAAUAGAAAAUAAGAGAGAUAGAGAGAAAAGUGUAGAUAGCGUUACUGAGCCACUUCAUUCAUUUUGUAUAGGUUAACCUAACCUGUAUAAAAUUGUAAGAGACCUGAGAGACGCUGCACACUGCAGCGAUCACAUGCUACGCUACACGUGGUUUGGUGAAAGAAAGUCAUUAAUUUAUAAAAAUUAUUCUUUAUCAUCGUGAUGUCGUUUUUCAUAAGAAGUGGAGGACGAGGAGGUGGAGCACGUAAACGCAAAGGCUUUAACUGUAUUGCAAUAUUGUAAAAUCAGCGUAUGAACGAGCACAAUGGUUACCUUGGAAAAACAACUACGACUCAGUCUACAUCGAAGCAGUCGAAACAGUCAAAGAAGAAAAAUAAAUCCCUACCUAACGACGAUGAAAGUAUUGCCAGUACAGAUGAAGAAUUUGCAGAGGAAAAUUUAAAAAAUGAACGAAAAUUUGAAAGUGAAACUGAAGAGGAGGAGGAAACUGCGCAGGAGAAGCGUUUGAGGCUUGCGAAGAAAUAUCUUCAAGAAAUUGAAGAAGAAGAAAAGGACAGAGCUGAAUUUGAAGAGAACGCAGUUGCGAAGAGAUUACGCGAAGAGUAUUUGGAGGAAAAGGGUCGAUUAAGAAAAACUAUAGCGAUCAACUAUGUUGGGCAUGGAGAGCUCAUUUCAUUGCGAUGUAAAGAGCACAAAGGCUCUAUCACUUGUUUGUGCCUUUCUAGCGACGGCAGUGUACUAUAUUCAGGUUCCAAGGACGGCAGUUUAGUUAAAUGGUCACUAAAGGAGAAAAUUAAAUUAAAUGCCAUUAGAGGGAAGAGAGGAAAAACGAAGGACGGAAUGACUUCCAUACGGUGUUUAGCAACCAGCACGGAUGGAAAAUUUCUGGUAGUGGGAGAUGACGGGUGUAAGGAUAUCAAAGUGCUUUCUGGCGAUACUCUUAAUCACAUAAAGAAUCUGCAGGGGCACAGAGGCCUCGUAGUCGGAUUGGCAUUCCGCAAGGAUACUCACACGCUGUACUCCGCGUCCGAAGACAAAAGCGUAAGAGUUUGGAAUCUGGACGACAUGGCUUACGUCGAAUCCUUAUUCGGUCAUCAAAGCGGUAUCACGUACAUCGACGCACUGUCGCGAGAACGCGCUAUAACGAGCGGCGGUUUCGAUGGCACUAUUAGAAUAUGGAAGAUAGUCGAGGAAUCGCAAUUAAUAUUUAACGGGCACGACAACGGCCAUAGCAUCGACGCGGUUAAGCUCAUUAAUGAAGAGGCCUUCUUCAGUGGUGGAAGUGACGGACAGCUCUGCGUCUGGGGAUGCCAGAAAAAGAAGCCGCUGUGCUCUGUGACGGAGGCUCACGGAAGGGACGAGGUCAACGGUCAACCAAUGUGGAUCUCGAGCAUUGCGACGUUGUUGAAUACAGAUCUGGUAGCGUCAGGAUCGCGGAACGGUGUGGUCAAAGUGUGGCACUGCGGCGAAAACUUCAGGUCUCUCAAUCUCUUGUUCGAGGUUCAAUUGGUAGGUUUUAUAAAUGCGCUCGCGUUCACGCCCGAUGGGAAUCAUCUUGUCGCUGGUGUAGGAAAGGAACAUAGGAAUGGAAACUGGUGGAAAGUACCAGACGCAAGGAACGCUAUUGUUAUCAUACCAUUGACGCAUAAAAAUAAAAAAUGAUUAAACUUUUCAUAUUGUUAAUAUUCGUUAUGUAAUUUGUACAUGUAUAUAUCAAUGACAAUCUGUAUGUAUACAAUAUUUCAUUGAUUAUAUCUUAUUAAUUAAUUUAAAAAUA